UGUGGAAAUUGGCUGUUCCUCUCCUCUCAGUUCUGCUUGCUGUUGGGUUUUGUCAAGACCCAGGAGGUUUGAUGGAUGUAAACGCCAACGAUCCAGGAGUCCAAACAGCUCUGAAGUUAGCUAUGGAUGAAUACAACAAGGCCUCCCCAGAUAUUUACCUUUAUAAAGUGGUGAAGAUUAUAAGGGUUCAGAGAAAGUACCUGGAAGGCUACGAGUACACCCUGACUGUGAUGAUAGCAAGAACUGUGUGCAAGAAGGGCAGCAUGGCUGAGUCCUGUCCUGUCUUCAUUAAUCCUGAUCGUGCCAAGACUCAUCAAUGCAAAUUUGUUGUUUGCAACUGCUUGUGGGUGCCACAAUGGAUGCUGCUGGAACAGAAGUGCUUUUAGGAAAAAAAACAAGAAAUAAUCUGGAUUGAAAUGAUUAAA